CCGCAAAUGCACGUGGAAACGACCCUUCGAUGUCAGCAUUAGCACGGUUCCAAACAAUUGUCAAGAUCAAAUAUUUCCCACAGUACAUAUUCCAUAACGUUACUCUCCCAGCACCAGCGUUACCAGCCGCAGAAUCCAAGAUGGCGAUGAAGACGCUGAACCCAAUCCAGCAUAAGCUGAGCCGCACCACGCACCACUCGGUGCGGUUCACCAGCGAUGAACUGCCCAAAUACAAGCCUUUGGACUCCUCAGACUCCAGCCCUCCAAUAUUCGCUCCGAGCUCGUACCCUAACCACGACUCGGGCGCGCCGAGCCCGGAGUACCCGACCAGCUUUCAACCAGCCGCUCAUCGCCUGCGACAUAAUGAACAGCGUAUAAAACUCCUAAACCAAAUAAACACAAUAGUGCAGCAGCGUGCAGAAUUAGAGUCGAACAGACUCACACUCUCGACGCUUCUAGACGAACUAAGAAGGAAGCUGAAGAGGCGGAUCGAAGACUGCCAUCUUGAGAAGAAGGAGAAGUUAAAGGCAUUAAAACAAUCAAAUCUGCGUCUUGAAAAAGAAAAGCUCGGCCUAACUGCAGAAAUAGAGCACGUGAAGCGCCAUCUGUUGAAAGAAGAGGCGCACCACGUGCAGCACGCAAGGACCGCAGUUGCGCAGGCGAUCCAAGGUGUGACAAAGGCGGGGCCCUCGGAUAGCCUCUUUAGCUCGUGCUCGGUGUCAGAACUGCCCAACCUCGUCAGCAGGAACGUGGCCAAAAACGCACCUUCGCGAGCUGCUGACAGUAAACUUGCAGCUGCGCGCUUGAUGCGGGACAUCGCAGAAUUACGCCAACGCGUCGCACAGGUCGAGAUCAGGCUUGCCAAUGAGCAGAAGCGCAAGCGGCAGGCUGAACAAGACAUCGUACGCCUUCGCAAGGAGCUGUCCAACACAAAGAGCUGUAUCGCAUCGCUCCGGCUCGCUCCGCCGCCUUUACGCAAGCAAUGCUUCAAGUUCGCUUAAAAUACCCGGAGAGAGGACCAUACUAUUUAUACAUAUUUUUAAUUUGGGCUGUUACCUACCUACGAUUUGGAAUUUGUAUGGGAAGUACUCGCUUCCUGUAAAUGUCGGCAUCCAGCCCUUACCAGAUUGAUUUGAGUUAAUUCUGUAUCUACACUUAGAUUUGAUUUCAAAGAGACUGUUAUAACUACAGAAAUAUUGAUAGAUGGCGCUGUGAGUUAAGGUUCUAAUAUACUUCACAAGCGACCUCUAGUAUAACAACCAUAAGACACUCUAAAGUUUAAUUAUGCUCUAACCUGUUCUAAAAGUAACGAAAAUGUCAUUCUAGUUUAACAUUUAAUAUAAAUAACAAUAUUUUGCUAUUUCUAUUUAGUUCAAAAAUAUCCGACUCACGUAAACAAAAUAUUGUAAAAUAUAGGUAUGUAGAAAACUUUAUAUUAAAAAAGAACCAAGUAUUUGACUAGUAGAGUAGUACCUAUUGUAUAGUAAUAAUCUAGUCAGCAAAAUAGUUUUUCAUAAGUUAUUGACGUAAAUAUUAAAUUUAUUCAAGGAGUAAAAAAUAUAGGUACCUUACAUAAUAUUAUACUAAUUUCGUAUAGUAUAGAGGAAUAAUUAUUACUGAAUUAAAAAUAAAAGGGUUCCCCUUGCUGAUGUAUUAUUAUCUUUGUAAUUGCGACCCCUAACCAUCUAAGAUAUUC